UAAAUCCAAAAAAUGAAACAAACACCCGCGCUAGUGGGAUUUUGCGCGCAGGAUCACAUUCACGCAGGUCCCAGAAGUAAAAACGUCGAUAAUCGCUCGCGCGUGCGAGUCAACGAGUAUUGUAGAAAAUAGCCGGGUAAACAUAUCCACAUAGGUAACCCCGGGGACGAUAUUGUGUCAAAAAAAUACACACUAGUAUAUAUAACAAAAUUUUUUUUUUAUCAACAUCAACAUCAGCAUCAGCACUAGCGCCAGCAGCAGUUCCAGGACCAGUAUCAGUAUCAGUAUCAUCAGAUGACCAGAGAAAAAAUUCCAAAAGCUAUUUAACAUCAGCCUUGAAAUGAUACCGAUAUUAAUUGUCGCAAUGUAUUUGCAAUCGUCUGCGGGUUUCCGGGGUCCUCAUCAUCCGAGAAGUUCUGUCUCCCAUCAUCAUUACACCCCGCAGGCCGACGUCAAGUUGACUCAGGACUCGCAGUUGCUCCACGACACAUCGCAUUUAGUUGAAGACAUGGGUACAGACUACGCGGGUUUGUCUUUAGACGCGAUGACUGAUGAAGAAAUUGAGUUUUACUUCUUCAAGAUGCAUGACAAAGACAAUAAUACGAAACUCGAUGGACUGGAGAUACUCCACGCUCUUCAGCACACGUAUCACAACGACGAAGACGACAAUGAAGUUCAUGAUUACAACCUGGAGGACCAAAUCCCCAUGAUUAUUAAAAUGGUGGACCGGGUGUUGGAAGAAGACGAUUUAGACAACGACGGGUACAUCGGUUACAUUGAAUACGUUUUGGCGAAAGAAAAAAAAAAUAGUACCGAAAAAAUAACUACACUGGAUGCUUUGAACUCAAAAUAAAGUUAUUUUGUUAAUAAUUUAUAAAGUUUCAAAUAAAUGAGAUUAUAUUUUUAAACUGAGUU